AUGUUUAUACUUUCUCGCGCCAUUAAAAAUGCUUCAUUUAAAUUACUCAAUAAGACAGCCCGGAUUUCUCAUCCAUUUGGAGUACGAUAUAGGACGGAGCAAACUUCUAAUGCGCUAAAGAUUAAGCAACUUGAAAAUUUGCUUUCAACACAACGCAAAGAAAAGAUGGUCAGACAAACAUUUAAUUUUGAAACUGUCUUACAAAUUGCGCAAAGGUUAACAUUAGCAGGAAAAAACAAUGACAUUGUAACAGAAUUAAUUUCAGCAUUUCGAAUAAAUGAAGUCGUUAAAUCUUUUUCAAGUAUUGAGGUUGAAGAUAUUCGUCAACUUCUUGCAGUUGAGAGCGGUGAUUUAACUUUCAAGGACGAUAUAUCAUUGAAGCCUUCAAAACUUUUUGAAGAUGUAAUGGAAAGGGUAUUCCGACGUUGGAAUCUAAGUCUAGAAAGUGCAAGGAGAACUAUAGUCGAUACAUACUUAUUAGAAGCGGUUGACCAUGCAUAUGAUCCGAAAACUUAUAACAUCGGAGACAAAUUAGCAAUAUACCCAGAGUAUUAUAUCACACCCCAAAAUGUUGAAAGCAAUUUGACUUUAAGGGGUUCAGUUGAUUAUAUUUCUGCUGAAAGAGGGGAACCUACCAAUGUGGCACUUACAGCCGGGCAUAGUUCACCGAAUAACUGUGUGUUUUGUGCUGUUGAAGCAAAGAAAGAUGAAUCGUUUGCUCAAGGUACUGGCGAACUUAUUGGGCAAAUGAAGGCACUACAUAUAAGAGAAAAAAAACCUAUUAAUGGUGUACUCACGGAUGGAUUGAGAUGGAUGUUCUACCAUUUAGACGAUAACAUUUAUUAUGAAA